GGGCGUGGGUGAACGUGAUCCAUCAUCGAGCGAUUUGGUGGAUGAAAGAAAGAGCCGUUCGCUAAGUGCAGGGACAUGAAAAAGACAGAGACGACCGGCCAGUCUUUCUUCUGGUGGAGCACUUGAUUGAAGUUGAUUUCAGUUCACGUCACUAAAAAUGCCUGCUUCGCUGGGUUGCACCCCUGAAAAAGAAGAAGAGUCUUCGACGGCCCUGGUGACGUGCAAUUCUCUCGCGCCGAAGCUAUGUAGCCUUCUACGUGCAAAUGAUUGAGUCAACAAACAGUCACCAGUAUUCGAUCUAUUUAUAGUACACAUACACAGUGACUUUGUUUCUGCACUCUUCAUAUUUACAAUAAUUAUAGAAAGAGUUAUCUUUGAUAGCGCAGAUAGGUCGAGACUCAGUUCCAUCCCGACGAUUGGUUCCGAUCGAUGGUGUAAGUGGAGUUGGCUCCUUUGAAAAACCAGAUCUUUCUUUUUCUGUUUCAGACUUUCAGUUUCUUUUCGCCGUUUUCGCCGUCCCACUGGACUUUCUGUGUGAGUUCAAUCAAUAGCAGUUCAAUCGGUAGUCACCAGACUCACCAAAGGAUUGACAAUUUUUUAGCACUCCCCAACAGUCAGCAUGGAGCAGUUUGCGCUUGGAAUGGCGAACGCCUUAGCGCAGCGCCCGAUGAAGUUGCUGUUUGACAAAGCGGUCAAAUAUUAUGAAAAUUGCCGAGAUUUUGCCGAGGAGUGGAAAUACAUGAGAGACGAACUGGCGGUCCUCGAGAGGCUCACAAAGGAUCUAUGCGCGGCAGAUAGGGCAUCUAUCUUUCCACAACUGCCACCCGGUCCGCAGUCGGCGCUCAUCACCAGGGAUCUCCAAAGAGCAAGGGCGGAGAUAGAAAACCUCAAGGAGUUGUCGCAGAGUGCAAUGGUCGCCUUGGACAAAGCUUACCUGAAAUGCAACCGCGGAAAUUUUGCGGCGAUGAACAGGGCGGGACAGCUGAAGGCAAUUCGGAAAACCCAGCAACAAGUUCGCGCGUUUGUUUAUUGUGCAGCUCCGUUGAUGACAACACUGCUGCAAAUUGCCUAUUCGAAGGCCCUCUUGGAAGCGAACGCAGAAUCGGAAAGGGCCAUUAUUGCUGCCAUUGCGAGCCUCAAAGGGAGCUUAGAAGAAAGACCAGAACUGUUCCCCGAAUUCAGAUAUCGUGGGCUGGCAACCAUGGACCCAAGGGAUUGGAUAAGGUUGCAGUGCCCAAGGAUGCGGCGAUCAUUCUCGCUUGAGCCAUCGCCUGAGGGCCGCAGCUUGCACGGAGCAUGGGGAGAAAUUGCACAACGUAUCUGCCCGUGCAUUUUUGGGCGCCCAACAAGGGUUCUCGAAGAAAUCCGAGGGCGAUCUUCCACGCCUGACUCUGAUGACGAAUGCGAUACGGAUGGUGGUGAUGGCCCUGGCUGCUCCGGCGACGGGAAAUGGAAACGUCGACACACCCAGAAACACGUCUAUGGUCUGAAUGAGCAUGUGAGGAAACUGAAGGAGUUGCUCAUGAAUCCGGAUGCAAGCAGUUUUGUUGGGAUCAUUGGUGGCGUUGGAGGAUCAGGAGGAGGAGGAGCCGGGGGUGGGAAUACCCCGCCCGCCGGGGUGCCUCGGCCGCCAACCGAUCUUGGACCCGAUGGAGGUCGCGCUCUGGGUGUUGUUGGAAUGGGAGGAAUCGGCAAGACUACGCUGGCAAAGCUCAUCAACAACGACAAUGAGAUUCGGAGGCAUUUUCGGGACGGUGUGUUCUGGGUGGUGGUAGGGCUGGAGAUGCAUUCCUCCCGUCCGAAGUCUGUCCUCAGAAGUCUUUACCAGAAAGUCACAUCUGGACGUGAUCUGCGCAGUGGCGACGAGUUCGAAGAUAGCGUGGCCGCAUUCCGGAGAGCGGUUCGAGGCAAGCGCAUGCUCUUUGUUCUCGACGACGUGUGGAAAAAGGAGAGUGUUGAAUGGAUUCACGACGUGAUCGAAACGGACUCCAGGGUUCUGAUCACAACUAGAAAUGCACAGGUUCUGUCGAGGCCAGGUGUCGGUGUUUACAACCUGAACUUGCUCAAGGACGAAGACGCUCUCCAGCUGUUGUGCCGUCAUAGUUUCGGCGAUCGAGAGGUGCCCAAGCACCUGUUACCUGUGGUGUUGGAUGUCUGCCAGGAAUGCCAAGGACUUCCCCUAGCCUUGAAGGUGAUAGGCUCCUUUUUGCAGGGAAUGGGGAGGGCGGACUGGGAACAUAUGCUGCGGAAACUAAGGACGGCAACCCCAUUGGACGGAACCUUUCAAGAUGCCUUGAUGGCCAAGCUCCGUGUGAGCUUCAAUGAUCUUUCCGACGUGUUGCAAGACAUGUUCCUCGACCUCGCUGCGUAUCCGGAAGACACAGACAUUCUUGUCCACCCUUUGUUGCUGAUGUGGGCCACGGAUCCCAGAGUCGGGGAUCUAUCGGAGGCGAGGUAUCUGUUACGAGAGCUGACCCUUCGUUCGUUGGUCUCGUGGGACGUCAUGGCAGGGGACAGCGUGGAAGUCCCGGAUCUGGACUUUGCCCUGGAGAUAGCGACGAAGGUGGUGAAUGGCAAGCUGUUUGGAGCUUGCAGGGUUCACGAUGUGCUGCGCGAUAUGGCGUUGCAGAUCAUCCGAGAGGACGGGUCGGCGCUACGUCGGGACAGGCUGUACUUGUCAUCCAUGAGCCCUGAGGAGGUCGACGAAGCCGCACCCUCCGGUGGAGGCGGCGGCGGCGGCGCUAGUUUCAACCGGAUGGUGAGCUUUACCAAGACCGCAACACCUGUCAAGCGCAUCCUUCCUAAGGCGGUCUCGUUCCUUGGGGCAGAAGCUACCGGUUUGACAGCCGAGACUGUCGCUCAGUGGCAGAUGCCCAACGCGGAGGUUAUCCUUAUGAAAGACGAAAAUGGGUUUAAAGUGUGCGAGAAGGUGUUGAAUGGGCUUUGCCACCCUGUGGGUCUAUCUCUGCUCAGGGUACUGGACAUGUCCAAUUCCAGUAUAAAAGAUCUACCAGACUCCAUCUCCUGCCUGCAACACCUUCGCUUCCUCGGUCUCAGGGGCUGCCAACUGCAUUCUCUGCCCGAUGCGAUUGGCAGCCUGCAGAGGCUGCAAACAAUCGACUUGCAGGAUUGCCUGAGUCUGACCCAGGUUCCACAGUCACUGGGGAACCUGAGAUGCCUUCGAUGGUUUCGCUACAGUGGAAAGGAGUUGCCGAGGGUACCCGUGAAGCUCGUCAGAACCGCCUCAAAUCUCGCUAAUCUACUUCGGACUCCGCAGGAAACACAGUUCGUGGAUAUCCUGCAAGGACUCCCCAACCUGAACACACUCUUGAUCGAAGUCACGGAGACUGCAGCCUCCAAGGCCCCUCGCCAACCAGGGGUGCGGGCUCAGCCACCUGCCGGCUCCUCUUCGGGUCCUGGUAACCCCCAUAACCUUCGGACAUUGGUCCUUCUGAAUGCCUCCUUGGGUACGCUACCCCAAACCACCUUUUGCCACAGCCAGAAUCUACAAGUCUUAGCCUUAGAUUUCAGGACGUCAACGAGUAUCCCCGGGGAACUGUCACAGCUGCAUGCUCUGCGCGUGCUAUACAUUUCUGCCCCCCGUCUCACUUCCCUAGGUGGGGUGGAUUUCUCUCACCUUACGUCCCUGGAGAACCUAGAAUUCCACAACUGUAUGGCUCUCGUGGACGGGAUCGAAUCCAUCUCUUACUGUUCGUCUCUUCAAGUCUUGCGAUUCCGGAACUGCUCGAAGCUGGCAGGUCUGAACGCAUUCAGGUUCGAUCGGCUGACCUCCUUGGUCAAACUCUGCCUCAGUGAAAUGGGCCAGGAGCUGAGCACCCUUCCCCGACUCUUGCCCAACUGUCCAGCUCUUGCUGACCUCACCAUUCAAGAUGACCUAGCAGAGUUUCCUGCAGUCAUUUGUGGCCCGUUCUUUCCUAGCUUGACUCACUUCAAGCUCGCGACUGUACCCAUGGACGCUCUGCCCGACGCCCUCCUGCGCAUUUCCUCCCUCCAAAGUCUCACCUUAGAGGGCUGCAUCAACAUCAGCGAUCUGCAACCCCUCGAUGGGCGAAGGCUGGUCAGCCUAAAGACCCUUGUCCUGACCGGUUGCCCCAACCUCAACAGUCUGCCAACCUCCCUUCAGGAGUGCAAAACCCUGUCUUCCAUUAAGAUUUCCAACUGCGCCAAUCUUUCCAUCAUUCCAAGCGACCUUGGAGAUCUCGUGGAACGGAGAGACUCCCUUGACAACGCUGCCUUGGUCCCAGGGACGGUCCCGCCGGCACAGGCUCGGUAGAAGGCUCUGAAGGCCGUUCACCUUGGCAGAAUUGCCAAUGUGUGCAACAGUAUCGCCGCUGACGUCGC